CCGACAGCGACACUUUUGCUUCGGCCGUUUAUCGUCACCGUUUCCACUGGUUGGCCUGCGAUGGCGUGAACCUCUCCACAGCAAACGCCAUGCCGAGGCCGAUGCGACAGCAGGGGAAGCUAUGAUAAUUGUCGAAUGAGGUACGAGCGCGGAUUGACUCAAAAAUAAUGGAGUCUUACGGAGUAUACUUCAGACGAUGGAAGUUUGGUUCCCAUCUAACCGUUCUUCACAAUUGUCAAGGUGGAACCCCCGAGAAUAACUCCGCAGAUCAAUAAAUAAGGGAAUUGUCUGCUCUGCAUCUUUUAUUUUUCUUCUUUUCGCAAGGUAGUAAUUUUACUGAAUCCAUAACAAUAAUCAUGGCCUGGCCCAACAAGAACAAAGACAUGCUGUACCGCCGGGUGGGAAACUCGGGCCUUCAUGUCUCUGCAAUUGGACUGGGAGGAUGGUUGACAUUUGGCGGUCAUGUCGAUAACGAGGUCACUUUUGCGUGUAUGAAGCAGGCGUACGACUGCGGAGUCAACUUCUUCGAUACGGCGGAAAGCUAUGCCAACGGUCAGUCGGAAAUCGUCAUGGGUGAAGCGAUUCGCAGGUUCGGUUGGAAGCGCAGCGACCUGGUUAUCAGCACCAAGCUCAACUGGGGAAUGGCAAACGGCGAGAUUCUCAUCAAUAACCAUGGACUGUCCCGGAAACACAUCGUCGAGGGGACGCGCGCCUCGCUCGAGCGCCUGCAGUUGGAAUACGUGGACAUCAUCUACGCCCAUCGCCCGGACCGGCUGACACCCAUGGAGGAGACGGUUCGAGCCUUCAACCACGUCAUCGACAAGGGCUGGGCUUUCUACUGGGGCACCUCGGAAUGGUCCGCCGACGAGAUCAGCGAGGCGUGCGGCAUUGCUAAACAGUUGGGGCUCGUGGGCCCCAUCGUCGAGCAGCCGCUGUACAACCUUCUCGACCGCAGGAAGGUCGAGGGCGAGUUCCAGCGGUUGUAUACCCGCUGCGGAAUCGGUCUCACCACUUUCUCCCCGCUGAAGAUGGGCCUGCUGAGCGGCAAGUAUAACGAUGCCACAACGGAGCCGCCGGCUGGGUCUCGCUUUUCAGAGAGCCAGGAUCGCUUUGCAAACCAGGUCCGUAGGGACUGGGAGAAGGAUGAGUGGUCGGGCGUCAUUCAGAAAGUGAUCAAGCUGAAGGCUCUGGCAGAUCGACUCGGCUUCAAGCUCUCGCAACUGGCACUCGCCUGGUGCCUGAAGAACGAAAACGUCUCGGCCGUCAUCACAGGGGCCUCGAGGCCAGAGCAGAUCGUCGAUAACGUCCAGAGUCUCAAGCUCCUGCCCAAGCUCACCCCAGAGAUCCUGGCGGAGAUCGACGAACUGUUGGAGAACAAGCCUGCCUUGGAUCCGGCUCGUCAGGAUUGAUCAUUGAUGCUGAGAAACGAACCCCGG